AUGGAAUACACAGACCCCAUACUGUCUCACUUUGCAGAUAAGAGCAGCUUGGACGCGGCGAAGCUCGGGGAGCUUCUUGAGGCACAACGUGUCGAGUCACGGGCGCGCGGGGAGGAGGCGCGUGAGGAGGCAGCGUUGCGACAAUGCGAGGCCACGCUCUCCAUGUACACAGACUUGAUAAAGUUGAAGGUUUUGUUGCGGAAGACAUGGGAUUUACAAGCGCUCGAUAAGUCGGUGCAGGUGCGGUUCGGCCCAGCGGGGGCAGGAGAGGCCAAGGAGCUGACUCGGCCAACGGAAGACUUCUACCGCGACAUUGCGCUCAAGACAGUCGCCAAGUGCGACAAAAUCUCGAAGGCCCUAGAGCAGCUUACAGUCGACUCGCAUGCGACCAUCCAUGCGAUACAGGAGUUCUCACACGGCCAGGCGCACGAGUACUACAUGCGGGACUCAGUGUGCCUCCUACUCGAAAUGUGGUUUCUCUGCGGUAACUUGUUGCGGGAGCUUAAGCGCAGUGUUGCCUCGUUUUUCAUGAAGGCCAAGCUUCUCCUUGUGGACCACGAGCUAGAAUGCAUACAGUCAUCAAUAAGCGGCCACGCGGCGCAGGAGCAGUACCACGCGCUCUCAGAAACCAUCAGCUCCUAUAAUUCUUUCAUACGUGUUCUCCUUCAGCAACUCCAGGAUGCCGAGAACUCGGGCGACCAGUCGCUGUUCGAGGACUGUCUGGGGGUGUUCUUGGAUGUCGAAAGCAUGUACCAGUCGCUCAACAUGACCUGGCUUCUGCGUGAAAACCGACUUCUACAGGCGGAUAUUACCGCUAUUGAGCGGGAACAGUUCGACCGCGAGGAGCAGCGGAAUGCUGAGCGCAUAGGCCAGUUGGUAGAUGAGGCCGUGCACAAAGACACGCAUACCGGUGAUGCCGAUGCAACAUCAGUAGUAUUUGACGCGUCUGAAGAUACCAUCGUUGCGGAUCAAUGCAUCGAAAAGAGCCAGUUGGGUAGCUCAGGAACUCUAGCCCCUCCGGUAGUGGCUAAUCGUACCGACAAUGAGCGUUCGGAGUUGUUAUCGAACCUUGAGCAAACGUCGAUUUCCCAGGAGUUACCCAACUUGCUGAAGGCGUUCAACAAUGCUAAACGUCUUGAGCUCGAACUAGAAAACGUACGCAUGAGCCCGGAGACUAGGUCGCCCAUGGGCUCCCCGCGCUCGCCAGCAAUGACAGACUCCGCGUUGCAGCAUCACAGUCCGACGUUACAAGCUUCUACCUACGGUAGGAUGUCGUCUUCCACGUCUCCACGGGCUAGGACAUUUACGUCUUUAAAGGAUACCACACCAGCUCUCUUACUACCCCCUGGCAUGAAUUCGAAUCCUUGCAGAAUGGGACCUUCCUUAGCAGGCAGUUCUAUAUUGGAAGGAUUGGGGCAUAAAAAGCAAGAUACCAAAAGUGGUGAUGACAAGGCUAUACCCGCGACAAAGCUCAAGCAGGAUAUGAUGAAGCUAAUGACAUCCAAUAGUGUAUUGCAGCAUGGUGCCCCGCAGGCGCCUAUUUAUGGCUUUGGCAGCAAUGUUUUGAACAAUUUGUACGGCAUUCGGUCACGGAAGUGA